AUGGCUUCAUCUCAUUUUGGACAGCGGCAGGAGCCGGAGGAGCCCCGCUACGUCGUGUUUCCUCAGCAGCCAGACGAUGCCACUAGGGAUGGAAAGCCGGUUCUGAACAAGUACUCUACCACCAUAACCGCAGGACAUGACUUCCCUGGAGCUCAGGCGAUGCUCUACGCCGCCGGCAUUCCGGACAAGGAGACCAUGAAGAAUGCGCCACAGGUCGGCAUUGCUUCUGUUUGGUGGGAAGGCAACCCAUGCAAUAUGCACCGUAAGACCUCUAACCGCCUUGCUUUUAUAAAUCCUGCUGCACGCAUGCUAGACGAACGCGAGAAACUGCUGACAAUAAGACGUAUAGUCCUUGACCUGGCCAAAGCCACGAAAGAUGCCGCUCAAAAGCAAGGAAUGGUGGCAUGGCAAUACAACACUGUCGGCGUUUCAGACGGCAUCACCAAUGGUGGAGAAGGUAUGCGCUUCUCACUGCAAACGCGCGAGAUCAUCGCAGACAGCAUAGAGACCGUAACGUGUGCCCAAUUCCAUGAUGCCAAUAUCUGCAUCCCCGGCUGUGACAAGAAUAUGCCCGGGUGUGUCAUGGGCAUGGCGCGCCACAAUCGGCCAGCGCUCAUGAUCUACGGCGGUACCAUCAUGCCUGGUUACUCGAAGCUGCUCAGGAAGCCCAUUAACAUCAUCUCCACGUUCGAAGCGCAGGGUGCGUACAUUUACGGCAACCUCCGCGCCGAGCACGAUCCCAGCAUCACACCGGAUGAAAUCAUGGACGACUUGGAGCGCAACGCGUGUCCCGGACCCGGCGCGUGUGGCGGCAUGUACACGGCCAACACGCUGGCGAUGGCAAUCGAGACGAUGGGUUUGACGGUACCUGGCUCGUCGUCGGCGCCAGCAACCAGCCCGACGAAGAUGCGCGAGUGCGCCAAAGCUGCCGAGUGUAUCAAGAUCUGCAUGGAGAAGAACAUCCGGCCGCGCGACCUCUUGACGAAAAAGUCGUUUGAAAACGCAAUGGUCAUGAUGAUGGCGUUGGGUGGUAGCACCAAUGGCGUGUUGCAUUUGCUUGCCAUGGCCGGCACGGCGGGCGUCGACCUGAAACUCGAUGACUUCCAGCGCGUCAGUGACAAGAUCCCGUUCAUCGCGAAUCUCGCUCCCAGCGGCAAGUACGUGAUGGCCGAUCUGUUCGACAUUGGUGGCGUGCCAUCCGUGCAAAAGUUGCUCGUAGCCGCUGGACUGCUCGACGGCUCGGCGCCGACAGUGACGGGCAAGACGCUUGCCGAGAACAUUGAGUCGUGGCCGAGCCUGCCGCAGGGCAACGAGAUCAUCCGCUCGCUGUCAAAUCCCGUUAAGCCGACGGGCCAUAUUGAGAUCUUGCGCGGCAAUCUGGCGCCUGGCUGUGCUGUUGCCAAAGUGACCGGGAAAGAAGGCUUGCGCUUCUCAGGCAAGGCGAUGGUUUUUGAGAAGGAGCACGAGCUUGACACGGCGUUAAACGAAGGCAGGGUUCCUCACGGUGAGAAUCUCGUCCUGGUGGUGCGGUAUGAAGGUCCCAAGGGCGGACCUGGCAUGCCAGAGCAGCUGAAGGCAUCGGCAGCGCUCAUGGGUGCCAAGCUCACCAAUGUUGCGCUCAUCACUGAUGGUCGUUAUUCCGGUGCGUCGCACGGUUUUAUCGUGGGACAUAUUGUGCCAGAGGCGGCAGUAGGUGGGCCCAUUGCUGUGGUGCGCGACGGCGAUGUCAUUACGAUCGAUGCGGAAAAGCACAGUAUCGAUAUUGAUUUAAGUGACGAGGAGAUUCAGGAGCGCUUGCGGCAGUGGAAGCCCCCGAAGAAGACGGUUACGAGAGGUACUUUGGCGAAGUAUGCGCAUUUGGUUGGUGAUGCUAGCCACGGCGCGCUGACGGAUUUGUUUUGA